UCCCUCGAUUUUGCCUUUGGUAUAUUUGGAUAAUUCUCAAUAGUAUUAUCCCUUUUUAUUGGUAAAAAAGAUCUUCUUCCUGCAGAGUGUCAGCUCUCUUCAUGGCUGCAUCAACUGUUUCCUCUCCUUCUUCUCUGCUACACACCAAACACUCCAUCACCACUCUACUUCCACUCCCUACCCGUCAAUUAACAAAACCCUUUAAACCCCUAAAACUCCUCAAACUAUAUAUCCAAUUUCGCAAUCCACUCUCUCUCUCCUCUUCUUCCCGAUUUUGCCCAUCUUUCUCUGCAUUUGACAGCACUGAAGUAUCCCAAGAUGACCGUCAAUCUGAAACUGAAGAAUAUGAGCAAGAACUCAAAGAAGAAGAACAAGAAGAAGAAGGAGAAGGAGAAGAAGAAGAACUGAAACCCUCAGAAUCGAACGAAGAAGGGAGGCUGUUUGUAGGAAAUUUGCCUUAUUCAAUGACUUCUUCACAAUUAACUGAGGUUUUUCAAGAGGCUGGUCAAGUGGUCAAUGUUCAGAUUAUCUAUGAUCGUGUCACUGACAGGAGCAGAGGGUUUGGGUUUGUUACAAUGGCAAGUGUUGAGGAUGCUAAAGAAGCAAUUCGGAUGUUUAAUGGAUCUCAAAUUGGAGGUCGAACUGUUAAGGUGAACAUCCCGGAAGUGCCAAAGGGUGGUGAGAGGGAAGUAAUGGGGCCAAGGAUAAGGAGCACCUACAAGGGCUUUAUAGACAGUCCGCACAAGAUCUAUGCUGGGAACCUAGGUUGGGGCCUCACAUCUCAAGGUCUUAGAGAUGCUUUUGCAAGCCAACCUGGCUUUUUAAGUGCCAAAGUCAUCUAUGAACGGGACACAGGAAGAUCUCGAGGUUUUGGGUUUAUCUCAUUUGAGUCUGCUGAGAAUGCGGAAGCUGCUCUAAAUGCCAUGAAUGGAGUGGAGGUGGAAGGGCGGCCCUUGAGAUUGAAUUUGGCUGCAGAAAGAGCACGUUCUCCUCCAUCUAUGGAAACAAAUUCAGAAGAUAAUCUAGAGAGCAGUGAAUUGGUUUCUAGUAUUGGCUCUUGAAGGAAAACACAAUGGGUGCUUGAAUAUGCUACGAAAUUGAGGAUCGAUAGACCUUUAUGAGAAAACUUAGCUAUCUACAGCCGCGCGGAUGAGUUCUCAACUCCUGAUGCUUCUUUGUUGUCAGAAAGCAGCAAAGUUAAUUAAAAUCCAAUCCUUUGUUGUGCAUUUUUGGAGUGAUGUGACUCCAGAUUGUAAAAGAUUUUAAGAAAUAUGCGAGCCCUGAGUAUUCUUAAUGUGCAGAGAAUUCUUUUUCUCGAACAAUUUAGUAAAUGAAGUUCCAAUCUUAUUUUCUCUA